CCAACCGUGAAGGCCUUGGUCCAUAACUACGAACAGAGCUCUGAUAGAUUCCCUUGUUUCUUGCGAUUUCGGAGCUGUGUCGCCGUCGAAACCACCACCUCGUGGCCUCGUCGUCGUAGCUCCGAUGGCCGCGGAGGUUGAUCAGAAAGUUGUGGUGCAUGUGCGGUCGACGGGUGAUGCGCCGAUACUGAAGCAAUCCAAAUUCAAGAUUUCAGGGCGAGAUAAAUUUCUGAAAGUCAUCGAAUUUCUUUGCCGACAACUUCAUCAGGAUACACUGUUUGUCUAUAUCAACAGUGCAUUUUCUCCAAACCCAGACGAACUGGUAAUUGACUUGUAUAAUAACUUUGGUAUUGAUGGGAAGCUGGUGGUAAACUAUGCUUUGUCCACAGCAUGGGGCUGACCUGCAGAAAAUAAUUAAAAUGGACCAAAAAGGCUACGGAAAAUUCCGAAUGUAAAUUAACUCGACUUGUAGUGUUAGUUAGCCACUGUAAAGCUCUUUCACAUCCAUUGUUGACACAACGAUAGCAAAGUUUCAUGCUGAUUUUUAUUUUCAAUCAUACCUCUUUCCUCUUCCAAAUAUUGCACCCAAAAUGUUGAAUUGAUUGUGUACCAGAGUACUAAGAGGAUGCCCUCGUUUAAAUAGUC